AUGCGAGUAAUGACUAGCAUGAAACCCGCAAAAUUCCAGCCCGUGACUGGCCCCCUCACACGACACGCAACGUUUCUUGUCUUAACCGUCACAUCUCCAUCCGCAAUCCCAACUAUCCGCUCAACUCUCGCCGGCAUCUCUAGUCGUGCCAAAAAUAUCUGCUCCCGCGAUACCGACGCCAAAUUCACCUGUAUCGUCGGGAUUGGCGCUUCCGUCUGGGACUCCAUAACCAGCAACCUUCCACGUCCUAAUGAACUACACCCCUUCCGCGAAAUCAAAGGCGUCAAACACACCGCCAUUUCAACACCGGGAGAUCUCCUCUUCCAUAUUCGCUCUGAACGUCGAGACCUCUGCUUUGAGUUCGAGCGGCAGCUAAUGGAUAGCUUCGGUGAUGCAGUGCAUCUGGAAGAUGAGACCGUUGGAUUCCGCUACUUCGACACGCGCGAUCUUCUCGGCUUCGUCGAUGGUACGGCAAAUCCUGUCGGUCCUGAUGUGCGACCUUCCGUCCUCGUUACUGCCGAAGACGAUAAUGCACGCGCGCAAGGGGGUAGCUAUAUCGUCGUCCAGAAAUACGUCCAUGAUCUACAUCAGUGGAAAGGGUUGGGAUCUGAGCAACAAGAGCAGAUUAUCGGGCGCACAAAGGCCGACAACAUAGAGCUCGAGGACGCCGAGGACGGAAAGCAGGCGUCACACAAGACACUCAACACGAUUGAAGAUGAAGAAGGCAAUGAGUACGAUAUCUUACGUGAUAAUAUGCCUUUUGGAUCACCGGCGUCUGGUGAGUACGGCACUUACUUUAUUGGGUACACGCGGAGGCUGUGGGUCAUUGAGAAGAUGCUUGAGCGGAUGUAUGUAGGACAUCCGCCUGGGAUGCAUGAUCGGUUGCUGGAUUUUUCAAGGCCCUUGACUGGCUGUGUCUUCUUUGCGCCUUCGACGGAUAUCUUGGAUCAUCUUGAGUAA